UUUUAAAUAUGUUGGACUUUGGUAUGCUAAGGUUGAGCAGCAGCAACAGGAACAGUCCUCAGACGGCUGCCCAAGAUGCUUCUCCUCCGUAGCUCCCAGAUGCUGCAGACUCUGGAGAGAGCCUUGAGGAGGGACAUUCCUGAAUCUAUAAAGGUUUAUGGCACCGUGUUCCAUGUGAACCAGGGAAAUCCAUUCAACCUGGAGGUGUUGGUGGACAGGUGGCCAGAUUUUAAAACUGUCGUCGUCCGGCCUCAAGAGCAGAACUUGACGGAUGAUUUAGAUCACUACACCAACACCUACCAAGUUUAUUCCAAGGAUUUCCAGAAUUGUCAGGAAGUCCUCAAGUCUUCAGAUGUCAUUAAUUGGAAGCAACACCUGCAGAUUCAAGGUUUACAGUCUGGUUUAAACCAGGUGAUAAAUAAUGUUGCAGAGGAAAAAUCAGUCCAGGUCAAGAUGACAAACCGCAAUCUCUUUUUGAUUUCUGAAACAAUGAAAAGGCAUGCGCCUUCCCAGCAAAAUGUGGAUGAAUCAUAUACCAAAACUGAAAAACCAAAAAAAGACAUAGACAUGGGGAUAUUUAAGAUGUCCUCCCUGAACAUUGAGCAUGCCUCAUUAGUAAACAGCCUCUGGAGUUUUGGGGGAAAUGAGAAGAGCCUGAAGUUCAUCCAGCGUUGCAUCCAGCACUUCCCCAGCUACUGUCUGCUGGGGCCGGAGGGGACUCCAGUGUCCUGGGACCUCAUGGACCAGACGGGAGAAUUGAGGAUGGCUGGAACCCUGCCCAAGUACCGGGGCUUGGGCCUGAUCACCCAUGUCAUCUACCACCAGAUCCAGGCUCUGGACAAACUGGGCUAUCCUAUGUACUCCCACAUUGACAAGGACAAUCAUACCAUGAAUCACAUAAGCCAGAGCAUGAAUCAUAGGCAUGCACCCUGUCAGUGGCAACAGUGGAACUGUGAGCCCCUCAGGGACCCCACACCCAAGGAGAGAGAAAGCAAAAGCGGGAGUGAGGGUGGCAGUGGGAGCAGGGGCUCCAACUCCUCCUGAGCAGGGCAGGGGCUCCUACUCCAUGGAAUCUGGGAAUGUGGAUGGAGGGAGUGUUAAGUAUCUUUGACAGGCCGCUUGUUGUAGAACAUCAGACUUAAGUAGGACACACUGAUUUCCUUGUGCAAACCUUAUCUUGAAAACAAGAUGAUUGGCUCUCUUUCUCUUCCAGCUGUUUUUUACCCUCACAUGAUGUUUCUGUUAAGAGGGAAUUUAGAGGUCCCUGGGAGAUGCUGAGCACCUAUAAGGGGGUGGGGGGCUGGAGCACGUCUAGGAGGCUUCACAGUGAAUACCUGCGAAACAAACAAAAACAAAAACAAAAACAAAA